UGUUUGGUGGCAUAAUUCACGCGCGAUCCAUACCUCAAGCAACACAAAUUUUUGUUCUGUUUUCAUUUCGUUGAAGUUUUUAUUUUUAUUUUUCUUCGCAUUUUAUAUUUGUUCGUUUGUUCUAAACAUUCCAUUUUUUUAAAAUAUUUUAUUGGAAAUUUUAUCGUGAAGAAUUUUUUUUUUUGUUAUUGAAAUCUUAAAUAAUUCAACGGAAAAAAUACGCCGGACCAUUGAAAUUGAACCUGAAAAUUAACUUGAAUUUGAACAAAAAAAAAGACACGCUGAAACAAGUAAUAUAUAAAAACAGUGUGCCUGAAAGGUGUACGUCUAUGGAAUAAAUAGCACGAAUUAAAAGCAAAAAAAAACAUUUUUUUGUGGAAAGAACAAGUUGGUAAAUUCAAUUGAAUACCAACGUGAUUGUACACAAGCAACAAAUUCAACAGCAUUACAUGGCACAGUAGUCCAUCAUAGACGCGAUCACAAAAGCGCGGAAAACGUGUAUUGAAAACUUGAUCUAUCUGAAGAGUUGAACGAGUCGUUCCGAUAUAGGUCAUCGCUGUGCUAACCCAUUUUCAUCGUCGCACUGCCUAUUCUGUAACGUUGUAACGUGGUGUGUUUAUGCGCGCGCUCUCGAGUUUAGUAAAUCCAUUCUAGCUUCGUUGGUUUUUUUUUUCAUUGGACACAUCAGCUGCGUUCUUUUUCUAGUUGCGACCCAAAGAAAUCUUCUCAACGAUUUUGACCACGACGGCAUUGUAUAAAGCAAACAACAUAUUUUCAUCUUAAAUUGCAAUCGAUUUAUCUGUUGGUUGUUCGGAGCUUUUUUUUUCCAUCGUUGCAUGUAAUUGAAGAAUUGCCGACGCCUUGCGAAUAAACAGCGAAUAUAUAUAUUUUUAAAAAGGUUUAUGAUUAUAUUUUAUUGUGUGCGUGUAUAUUGUGCAAAACAACAGCAACAACAAAAUUGAACAUUAAAUAUAUGCAAUUCAAUGUGAAAAUAAAUAGUGAUUUUCGCAGAAAUUGAUAAUAAACCAUAAACAGAAAUUGCAAUUUCAUUGUUAUGCUCAGAUGGUGCAAGUUCAUCGUCAGCUAACUGUGUUUGUGUCUGUGCAUGUGUCUAAGCGAAAAAAAAGGUAAACGCCGACCAUUAAAUGAACGAAAGAAAGAAGAGAAAAAAAAACUUUAAUUGAAUAAAUGCGAAUUUCGAUGGUGUGACUCUUAAGCACGCAUAAAAAUCGAUGACAAAUUACAGCGGUGACUUUUUUUCUACACAUGUUGAAAACAAGCUGCGCAAAGAAGAAUUGCUGACCUUUUCAGUAAUAAAAGCCACCAACAUAAACCCACAUACUGUAAAAGAUCAACAUCCACUUGAGAUUACCGCCGUCUUAAUGAUCAUCAUUAUUAUUGAUAAUAAAGAGACAUUUUGAGAAUUUUUUUUUUCUCUUCACAUUUUCGUCUGCAUAGUGAGUCACUAUUUUUAAACCAGUGUCAUUUGGGUGAUUAUUUCUGAUAAACAAAAAAAAGACAAAGUCAUAAAAUCCGCAAGGAAAUUAUCAGCGCCGCCACCAUCGUUGCUACUAUAUGUGCGUUAUUUUUUUUGUUGACCAAUUUCCAAUUUGCACUUGAGCAUAAUCACACGAAAUUACACUUCGACCGUUGUGAAGAAAAACACUGAAUAACUGUGUGCAGUGUGUUUCAUUAGACAUUUUAUUUAAUUAAAAUUGAGCGAGAAAAAAAAAAGAAACAAUAACUGAAAGUGACAGAGAAAAUAUCGGUGGAAGAAGAAAAAAGAGACACUUAUGUUUACUUGUGAAUUGUGAGUCCGCCCAUGCACCUAGCGUAGAAAAAAAAAUUCGCGACUUUUUUGCCAAUUUGAACAAAUGACGUCAAGCGACAAAAAAGCAAGUAAUUCAAUCUAGUAGUGAGAGCGACCGAAAAGUAGUAAAAACAGAGAGACAGUAUAAUUUUGUUUUGUGACUGUGUGGUAUUGAUUGAAGUCGAGAAAUUUUUUUUUAUCCACCAUUUUUCGAGUAGGACGAGUAAUUAGGAUUUUUUUUUAAAUACUCCAAAAUGUGUAAGAGACAAAUUUAGAAAUCGUCAAUUGAAUUUCUACAUGUAAAAAUCAAAGCAGUGUAACAAUUAGUGUGCAAAUUCGUUUUCUGUUUGUUUCAAGAAAUUUUGCAAUCAAUAAACAAAAAUUGUCGUCAUCACAACCGGAUGCACAGCACAACCAAGUGAAUUUUAAGUUUUGUCGUUUCUUUUCUGCAUUAUUAUCAUCGUCGACGGUAAAUAAAAAUCAACGCUUAUCACAAAUUGACGAAUGGAAAAUCAGCCCUCAACAGACAAUAGCAACUGCAAAACAUUCACAAAUAAUUUAACAACGCGUUCCAAUCUGUGCAUAUAAUCACCAUUUGCUGCAGAGCAAUAAAACUACAAAAAUUAUCGGAUUUUCUGUUUCAGUUGCGAAUAAAACAGAAAAAAAGCAGCGGUUUUUUGGUUGGUGUGCACACACUUGAUAAAAAAACGGAAUUAAGCUAAGUGUUUUGGUGCUCUACACGCCUCCGAACCCAUAUCGACGAAUGCGCAGAACAGAAAAAGCAAAGGCAAAUUAAUUUUUUUCCGCACAUUAAAAUCGUAUGCACAAACACUUUUGCUCACAUGCACAUCGCGCCGAAACGGUACUCAGUUUGACUAAACGAAUUUGUUUGGAAAAUUAACGCCGAAAAAGAAGAAUAAGCCAGACAAAAAAAAACCGAAUUUUUGAACAGCCAACAAAGUAAUGCAGUCUCAUUCAUUCAACAAACUCGUACAAAAAUCCAAUUCUGUAUCUUAAUUAAUUAUGUGAAAGCGUUACAAAGAGAAAGACAGAGAAAGAUAGAAAAACCUUAAAAAAAAACUACAAUACAAUAAAAUAAAGAAGAAGGAGAAGCAACAACGAAACUCACGCUCAAGAAUAUCGCUGCAUAUAAUUAUCAUUAUAAUAAUCAAGCGAGUGUGAAUUAUAGCAUUGAAAAACGCAAGCGCGCCCCAGCUAGGUGAAAAAGAAACAAGAAUUUCUACUGACUGCCUGAAUAGAUUUGACUUGUUGCGAGCAACAAACGUCCAAUUUUCGCUAUAAUUUCACUAAAAAUACGAAGUAAAAUUGAUUAGCAUAUCUUCGCCGAACACUGUGAAGUAAUCAACAAAGUGAAAAAAAGACAACGCAGAGAGAAAAAAGAGAUGAAAUCAGCACCGUUUUGAUUUUAUUAUGCAUGCGCAUUGAGAAAAUCAACCGCAUCGUAACCAAGUCGCCAUAAAAUCACCAACACACAAAAACUCCUUGCGAUCACAAAAAAGAGGCAAACGCAUAUACUACCGAAAAAAAACCCGAAUUUAUUUUUAUACUGCAUUCAAAUCACUCAGGCCUUAGCAACUCGUGUACACAUCGUUUAUAAAAUAUUAUCACGAGAAAUCAUUUUCAUAGACAAUACAAACAUUUUUUUUGCAUAUACAUUGGAUCGAACGAAAUCGAAAAGCAAACGACGAACAAAAGAAAAUACACCGAGCUCAAUAAAGAGAUAGACAGUGAAAUAGAAAAAAAGUCCAAGUUCAAAGUGUAGUUUAUCUGAUAUGAUCAAUACGUUGCACACGUUCAUUUGAAAUGACAUUUAACCAUUGAACGUACGCCCAUAAAUGACAAUGACAAUUUGCCGAUUCAGCACAACCAAUUUCAUUCAUUGAUUUACAAUUCGAACAAUUUGUGUAUGGAAUUGAUGCCAGAUAUUAUUACAAAAUAAUAUUCACUUGUUUUACCUUUGAUAAACUGGGCUAAGUAAAAUAAAAACAUAUAAGACGUAACAUACAAACCAAGAUCUAGAUUUUCAAACGUUUUACACAAAUCAACGGCCGAUCAAAAAGUGUUGAUUUGGCAAAGACAACAACAACGAGAGAUACACAUAUAAAUCAGAUCGUAAACAUAAAAUUUACAACUUAAUUAGCUCUAUGGUUAUUCAGUUGAAGGCUUUACAAGAAACUAUGUCGGCUGGCAGCAUGGAUAUCACCGAGACAUUUCGCACUGACGAUAUUACAAAAACCGAUUUCUUUGACUUUGUUACCGCACCCGAUACGAUCGGUAUUGGCAUCAACGAUCGCGUCACAUCUGAUACAAAUGGCAACAAUUUAGAUGCACCGCUACAGGGUUUCGAUCAGUUUUGGGGUGCUGAAAAGGAUGUAAACCGCUUUGAAUCAACGAUAUUCGAAGAUUUAAAUCGCUAUUGUUGGACACAACAAAAUAACUCUGGUGAGUUGGGUAGUCAGGUGUGUAACACAGAUGGUCAAAUUUAUACGUUGACAGUAUUAAAUGGAAACGAGCCAUGGCUGUUGAGUCAACAACAAGAACCGAUCAUGGUACAGCGCAAAGUUUGUGAUACAGCCGAAGAGACGCCAGCACCAGCACUUGAUUUUGACAGUUUGUUAAAUACAUUUCCCGGUUACAUUAAAACCGAGUACUCCUAUGAUGACAGUGGCUUUUCAACUGACAACAAAGACGAUAUUCUCAUUCAUUCAUCGUCUUCGUCCGUGUCAAAUGCAUCGUCUAUAUCAAAUGUUCAGCAGCAGCAACAACAACAACAGCAACAGCAACCGCCACAACAACAGCCUCAGCAGCAGCAGCAACAACAGCAGCAAACACAUCAAUCGGCACUUCAGCAAAAUCAACAUAAUCAACAGCAGCAGAUUCCGGUUACCAAUAGCACGAAUUUAAAUAGCACACUAAAUGCCGCAUUUCACAAUAAUAACAACAAUGAUUGGCAAAUGGCUGAUCAUAAUAUCAUCGUCGAGGAUGGCAAUGAAACACCAGAAUCACUGUUGCGCAGUGCACUUCAGGGUAAAGGCUAUUCAAAAGGCAUGCAACAAAAUACGCUAACUGUCAUUCCAUCCAUAAAUAGCAUCAAAACUGAUGCCACUCUGAGGCGAGCCAUCUUCUCCAAUGAUGCUCAAACAACUUUAACAUUUGCUGAUUCAACGCUAAAUAACCCGCUAUUCGAUGAGAAUCAUUCGGGUGUGCAAUCGACAAAUUCUUCACUGCCAACAUCGAAUCAAUCGGAUGGCACCGAAAAUGGUGUUAUGGUCGAUGACAUGUUUUUAACAUUGGACUCAUCGUUUACCGACGAUUUUGAGAAAAUCAAACGUAUCGCAUCCGAUGUUCAACAAUUUUGUAUUACCGAUGAUUUUUCAGAGAUGAUAACUGAAGUUGCCAUUCCAUCAAAUGCCGCAUCAAUUGUAAGCACAACGGCUAUGUCGCAACAGGACAUUGUCACCACAUCGAAUAGUGCAUUGAUUAAUAGCAGGCCCAGCACAACUACAGCCAAACAAAAUAAAGCGACAAAAAAAUAUAAACGAUCACCGAACCAUAACAACAACAACAUCAAUGUGAACAACAACAAUUUGACAAACAGCAACGGUAAUAUGAAUCUCAAUACAGCCAUCAAUGGACAACGCAAAGAACGCUCUUUGCACUAUUGUUCCAUUUGCUCAAAAGGUUUUAAGGAUAAAUACUCAGUGAAUGUACAUCACAGGACCCACACAGGAGAGAAACCAUUUUCGUGUUCGUUAUGCGGAAAGAGUUUUCGGCAAAAAGCUCACUUGGCCAAGCAUUACCAAACGCAUUUGGCACAAAAAAGCGCAAUCACCACAAAAGGAUCGAAAGCGCAACAACAACAACAACAACAUCAACAGCCGCAUCCAGCUCAAACAACUGUGCCGACAGCCGUACUCACAAACGGCACCAACAUUAUCAGAUAAAUCAAUUGCCUUCCAUUUUAUAUAUUCGUAUCGCUCAUUUGCCUACUAUUUGUUUUAAGAAUUUAUUUACAGUUUUCUUUUUAAAAAAAUUCCUUUUUUGAUUUUGCCUGAGUGAUAAAAGACUAAAUUUUUGUAUAAGAUUCGUUUUUUUUCUUACUUUUUUUUUUCGUUUGAUUUUCAUCAUGUUUUUAUAGAGAGAGAGGAAAAAAGAAAACCUUUAUUUUUUGUGUGUCUCGUUUAAAUUAAUUUAUUUACAUUUAAAAAUGGUUAUUUUUGUUUGUUUUGUUUAUAUACAUAUAUUUUCUUCUUUGAGAUUACCGUAACGUUAUCGAACCAGGCCUCAUGAAAUGAAAUACUCAAUUUGAUUAGAUUUGUAUGCAUGUGUGAGAGAAAAAGCGUUCAGAUGUAUCGAAAUGUAGUUGUAG